GCGCACAUACACACACACACACGCACUCACAGACGCUAUGGAGACCUCCGCGCGCUCCGUGCUCGUUCUUGCCGCCGCGCUCGUGCUCGUGUCGUGCCAGCCGGCAGACGCAUGGUACAAGCAGGCGACCGGACCCAGCUACUACUCGGUGGGCAGAGCGUCCGGACUGCUGUCCGGCAUCCGCAGGUCACCGCACGCGCGCAGGGCAGAGAGCGACACCGGGACGGCGGAGACGGACACACAGACCGGGAGCGAGCAGGAGAUCAGCCCGCUCAGCCAGAGGCUACCCCCCGCGCUCAGGAACAUGGUGGUCUGCGUGAAGGAAAUCUCGCCCAACCUGCAGAGCUGCGAGCUGACCCUGGACGGCUCCAGCGCCUUUCGCUGCAAAGCGGACGUCCUGCUGGCCCUGGACGCGCUCGAGUGUGCGGGCGCGUGAAUAAAAUGACACACACGCUCGCCUCCCCCCCAU